AUGGUCCUCUCAUGCCUGCUCCAGAAUCACCUAUAUGUCAAAGCAGAGAAAUGCGAGUUCCAUCAGCAUCUUAUCUCCUUCCUGGGAUACAUCAUCAACUCCAAAGGAGUCAGUAUGGACCCAUCUAAGGUCUCUGCGGUCAUGUCUUGGCCCAUGCCCACAUCCAUUAAGGAGCUUCAAUGUUUCCUAGGUUUUGUGAACUUCUAUCACCAUUUUAUUUGGGGUUUUAGCUUAAUCGCCAUCCCUCUGACCGCGCUACUCAAGAAGGGACCUAAACGUCUUCAAUGGAACCCCAUGGCAGAAGAAGCGUUUGGUUGUCUCAAGCAAGCCUUCACCUCUGCUCCCAUAUUGCAGCACUUGGACCCUUCCAAACCUUUCACUCUGGAGGUCAAUGCAUCUGACAUGGGAGUAGGGGCAGUACUAUCACAACGUUUUGGGGAGAAACAGAAACUCUAUCCAGUAGUAUUCUUUUCUAAGAAACUCUCUUCCACUGAAAGGAAUUACAAUGUGGGAAACAGGAACUACUUGCCAUAA